AUGUUUUACGCCCACUUUGUCCUCAGCAAACGUGGGCCGCUGGCCAAAAUCUGGCUGGCGGCCCACUGGGACAAGAAGUUGACCAAGGCACAUGUGUUUGAGUGCAAUCUGGAGAGCAGCGUGGAGAGCAUCAUCUCACCCAAGGUGAAGAUGGCUUUGAGGACAUCAGGGCAUCUGCUGCUGGGGGUGGUGAGGAUCUACCACAGGAAGGCCAAGUAUCUGCUGGCAGACUGCAACGAGGCCUUCAUUAAAAUCAAGAUGGCGUUUAGACCAGGUGUGGUGGAUCUUCCGGAGGAGAACAGAGAGGCGGCCUACAACGCUAUCACGCUACCUGAAGAGUUUCACGAUUUUGACCAGCCGCUACCAGACCUCGAUGACAUUGACGUGGCUCAGCAAUUCAAUUUAAACCAGAGUAGAGUGGAGGAGAUCACCAUGAGAGAGGAGGUGGGGAACCUCAACCUGCUGCAAGACAAUGACUUCGCUGACUUCGGGAUGGACGAUCGGGAGAUGAUGCGGGAGGAGAGCGCGUUCGAGGUGGACAUCAUGGGAGCGUCAGCCUCCAACCUGCUGCUUGAGGCUGAGGCUGUAACUAACCAGAUGGCCGACAAGUCCAACCAUCUGGAGUACGACGACCAGUACAAGGACGACUUCGGAGACAACCCCAUGGAGAGCAAUGAGGGAGGCAUGCUGGUGGACAAGCUGUUGAGUAACGAGGACGGCGGCGGCAUCUUUGAUGACCCUCCUGCCAUCGCAGAGAGUGUGAUGAUGCCUCAGGACCACGGGGACGAUGACGACGACUUCGAUGCUCUUUCAGCCGGCGCUCCAGAUAGUCCAGAAUCAGGCCCAACAGAGCCUCUACCUGCCAUGGCUGACCAGACAGAACAGACCACCCUGGUUCACAACGAGGAAGAAACCUUCGCCCUGGAGCCCAUUGACAUCACAGUUAAGGAGACAAAGGCAAAGCGUAAGAGGAAGCUGAUUGUGGACAGCGUGAAGGAGCUGGACAGCAAAACUAUCCGCGCACAGCUGUCUGACUACUCGGACAUCGUCACCACCCUGGACCUGGCUCCUCCCACCAAGAAGCUGAUGAUGUGGAAGGAGACCGGAGGAGUCGAGAAGCUGUUCUCCCUCCCUGCUCAGCCUCUGUGGAACGCCAGGCUGCUAAAGAUGUUCACAAGGUGUCUGACGCCGCUGGUCCCAGACGAGCUGAGGAAGAGGAGGAAAGGUGGAGAGGCCGACAGUCUGGAUGAGUUCCUCAAAGAUCUGGAGAACCCUGAGGUACCCAGAGAAGAAACAGCAGGCCCCCAACAAAGAGACAUCAUGGACCAGACCAUCAUGGAGGAGGCCAGCGUUCUGCAAACUUCAGCUGUGGAGGGCAGCAGGACGACACUCGACGAGUCCAUCAUGCCCCCUCCAUCUUCACAACGUGGCCUGAAACGCAAGGCCCAGGACACAGAGCCAGCCCUGCCCGUGAGUACAACUGGACCCCUGCAGGUUUUUCAGCUCGAGCCGUCCAAUGUGGAGCUGCCUCCGGAGGAGACCACUAACAUCAGCCAGCUCAUUGAGUUGGACCUGCUGGGAGAGAAGGACAAGAAGAAGGGCGAUGAUGACUCUGAUGAGGAGGAGGAGGAGGGGCAGGGAGGAGACCAGGACCAGGAGGAAAGGAGGUGGAACAAAAGAACCCAGCAGAUGCUUCAUGGCCUCCAGAGGGUGAUGGCCAAAACAGGUGCACAGUCCGUCAGCCUGCUGGACCUUUGCAGGAACAAUAACAAGAAGCAGGCGGCAGCCAAGUUCUACAGCUUCCUGGUGCUGAAGAAGCAGCAGGCGGUGGAGCUGGUGCAGGAGGAGCCUUACAGCGACAUCGUAGCGACGCCGGGACCUCGCUUCCACAUCAUCUAA